CAUCAAACACUAAGAAGAACAACAAAAAGGAGAAACAUAGAGUCACAUAGCCAAAAAUGAAGAGAUUUUGCCUCAAACCUUCUUUUCUUUUGAUAGUUAUCACACUUAUCAUAACAAGUUGUGUGUACUCUGAAGCUAAAAAUUGUCGCCCAAACGGUAGAAUUAGAGGAAAGAAAGCUCCUCCAGGACAAUGUAAUCAAGAGAAUGAUUCUGAUUGUUGCGUACAAGGAAAAAUGUACACAACUUAUGAAUGUUCACCAAUGGUAUCUACUUAUACCAAAGCAUAUCUCACUCUUAAUAGUUUCCAAAAGGGUGGUGAUGGAGGUGGCCCUUCAGAAUGUGACAAACAAUAUCAUUCCGAUGAUACUCCAGUGGUGGCACUUUCCACCGGAUGGUUCAACCACAAGAGUAGGUGUCUCAACAAUAUUACAAUAAGUGGAAAUGGCAAGAGUGUUGUGGCCAUGGUCGUUGAUGAGUGUGACUCUACAAAGGGAUGUGAUGAAGAACAUGAUUACCAACCACCUUGUCCAAACAACAUUGUUGAUGCUUCCAAAGCUGUGUGGAAAGCUUUAGAUGUGCCUCAAGAUCAAUGGGGUGGUCUUGAUAUUACAUGGUCAGAUGUUUGAUGAUCUCAAAAAUGUCGUCCAAACGGUCGAAUCAGAGGAAAGAAAGCACCAACAGGACAAUGUAAUAAAGAGAAUGAUUCAGAUUGUUGUGUACAAGGAAAGAUGUACACAACAUAUGAAUGUUCACCAUCAGUAUCUACUCACACUAAGGCAUAUCUCACACUUAACAGUUUUCAGAAAGGUGGAGAUGGCGGUGGCCCUUCAGCGUGUGAUAAUCAGUACCAUUCUGAUGACACUCCAGUUGUUGCACUUUCUACAGGGUGGUUCAACGACAAGAGCAGAUGUCUCAACAACAUUAUUAUAAGUGCCAAUGGAAAAAGUGUGGUGGCCAAGGUGGUUGAUGAGUGUGACUCUACAAUGGGAUGUGAUGAAGAACAUGACUACCAACCUCCUUGUCCAAACAACAUUGUUGAUGCUUCCAAAGCUGUGUGGAAAGCCUUGGAUGUGCCUCAAGAACAAUGGGGUGGCCUUGACAUUACAUGGUCCGAUGCUUGAUUGUAGAAGAUAAAAUGUAUAUCUAUGUUUGUGUUGUAUUAUUUGGGUGAUACACUGUACUUUUAUGUCUCAUAUUAUGUGAAUUACGUAAAUGUUGUUGCAAGUUAGCAUAAUGUUAUAAAUUAAGAUAAUUCAUUACAAGCUCCAUGGUUUUUGUUCCGGUUACA